AUGGACGACGCCGAGCCCGCGUCGCCCGGUGCUUCCCACACCCACAAACCCACCGACUCCAUGGUCACCGUCUCGCUGUCCGAUAUCCAGUCCAACUCCGAACAUACCCCGCCAGACUGGCGCUCCCUGGAUAUUCCCCCGACCUCCGCCGAAGAAGAUUCUCCCCUCGAGUCCGAGGCCAACAGCACUGAGGACGAGGAGCUUGCUCCCACCUUACUCACAAACGCCGUGUACACCCCACCACCCAUUGAGAAAGAAGAGGAAGGAGAUAUUCCAGACUCGGAUUCGGACUUGGAUGAUUUGGAUUGGGAGCAUCUGGAUAGAACCGAGGAACAAGAACCUCGGGGAGAAGGGUCAGACGAUUCGACGGCCCUGCUCCUGGCUCGCCUCGAGCAAGAAAACAAUGCCCUGGCGACUAACCCGAAAUCUGGGUUGGCCAAUAACCCCAAUGUCUCUCAACACCAGAGACAGUCCCGCUCCCAGUCCUUGCACCAGAUCAAACGCCUGAUCAAUGAGCCAACCCGGUCGGAGCUGCGCUACUCCCAGCUUUCUCCUCCACCCAUGACGGAGCUGGAGUUCUGGGCCGCCCUGGUGGCGGAUUACCCGCAGACCGCGCAGCGGGGUGUGCCCCCGCCGCUGCGAGGCGUCGUGUGGCCGAGUCUGGCCGGUGCCCGUGAUGCCACGCUCCUGGAGGAAUUCCACCGUUUGACCGGCGAAAGCAGCCCGUACAAUGACUUAAUCGGCAAAGACAUUGGCCGUAGCUUUCCCAAUGUCGAGAUGUUUCGAGAUCCUGAAGGCGAGGGACAGCAGAUGCUAGCCCGUGUACUGCAAUGCUUCAGCCUCUACGACACCAAAAUCGGUUACUGCCAGGGCCUCGGAUUUGUCGUGGGUCCGUUGCUUAUGCACAUGACAGAUGCCGAAGCCUUCUGCGUUCUUGUUCGGCUCAUGGACCACUACAAUCUCCGCACAUGCUACCUGCCCGAUCUCUCCGGGCUUCAUCUCCAUGUCUAUCAGUUCCAGAAUCUCCUGGCACGGCACCGACCCGCCCUCUUCGAGCACUUGGAAGCGCUGAACGUGGAGCCGGCUUACGUCUCACAGUGGUUCCUGUCGUUCUUUGCAGUGGUCUGUCCACUGCCCAUGCUCCUGCGGAUCUACGAUGUCAUCUUCCUCGAGGGUGCCAUCGAAACGUUGAUGCGUGUCGCGCUCUCCCUCAUGCAGCGCAAUGAGAAGAAGAUCCUGGCAUGCACCGAAUUCGAAGAUGUGAUGCAGCUGCUGCUCUCGCGCAGCUUGUGGGACAUCUACGCGUUCAACGCCGAUGAUCUCGUCAACGACUUUGUGUCGCUGACACCCCUGGUCACCAAGGAGAGUUUACAGACCCUCGAAGCCAGCUACAACCUGUCCCAGGGCGUGCCGUCAGGCAUUACCUUCCCCACCAUGCAGGCCGCAGCCACCCGCUUCCUCGGCCGUCUAUGGGCGAGCUCCUCCGUCUCUCACAACUCCCUCAAAGCUCUCACUCCAAACCCAACCCCUUCCCGCCCCCCGAGCACCAUCCGGCGCUCCACCUCCAAACAGAGCAUUACCUCGACUCUGAACUCCGUUGAAAGUGCCUCUGUUGCCAGCACGGCCCCGACCGAGGCCUCGUCGACCGCAACGAUUGACGGCCAAAAAUCACGCGUCAAAUCGAACAUGUCCUACAACAAAGAUCGCGAUCUCCACUCUCAGAUCGAAGACCUGCUCAUGGCCCUUAGCGAGCUGCAGCGCCAGCACGCAGACCUCACUCGUGAAAUACAGCUAGAGCGCGAGGAGCGCGAGGAAGACCAGCUGGUGGCGAAGGCAAUGUUGAACCACCUCCAAGAGAUGGACUCGGACGCACAGCCAACGGAUCUCAUCACCAAAGCGCAGGCCCGGUUUGCCUCGUCCGAGAUAGAACCCAAGCGCGAAGAAAUCUUGCAGACGAAGCACCAACUCUACGACGAUGUGGCGCACUGGAAGGAAAUGCACCGGAUCGAGGCCAGUCGGCGUGGGGACUUGACAAGACGGAUGGAUGAGUUUGAGCAAGAGAAUGCGUCUAUGAAGGAACAGCUCCGCGAAGCUCGCAGCCGGAUCCAAGACGGAUACCGUGAUCGACAGCGCCUGGAGCGCACGAAUCAGGAGCUGCGCGCUCUCAAGAGCCCCGCGGCCUCGGAGGCGUCCACUCCGGCCGAGGCUGUGUACUCCUCCGCCUCAGAGAUUAGCAGCGAGGCGACCUCCCCUGGCCUGCGCGAGCUGACGCUGGUGCGCACCAAUUCGGUGAAGAGCCCGACCUUCAACAAGCGGACUAGCAGUCUGGGACUGCAGACUAUACUCUCCACCACUAAUAACCAGCCCGGAACCGACGAGACACUGCUGCUGGAGCUAGUCAACGCGAAGACGGCCGAGGCAGUCGCGCAGCAGGAGCUAGAGGAGGUCAAGGGCAAGCUGGAGGCACUGCGCAAAUUGAUCGGCUCGUCUACUCCCACACCCGGCAAGGAGAACCGCAGUUCCUUCCUCGGGGGGCGAUCUUUGACGGCGCAGAGCAGCACCCAGAAGACCCCGACCGAACCAGCUAAGCCUGCCGCCACUCCGGGCGGAUUUUUCAGUGGCUGGGGACGUCGUGCCGCGACGACGCCGGCAGCCGGCGCUGAAACUCCUUCUUGA